AUGCCACUGGCCAGCUGCACCGUCAUCCAGGAAACCGGACCAAGCUAUCAGGAAACAAGAGCGUGGGCUGUGGUGAGGGGGAACUCGUGGCUACCCAGAACUUUUGAUACUGGCUUGACGAACGUGAGCGACGCGUAUCUCGUGUGCAGCGGCAAGCGGGGCAAACACUGGGAGUUUUGCAGGUUACUCCUGCAAUCCGGGAAAUUGGGCUUCAAUGCGUUACUCCGAGCUUUCUGGUAUUCUCCCCCAGCGGAAUGGGGCCCAACUGAUCAACGGUUACGAACCUGUAACAAAUACAAACUGGUAGCAGAUAUGGUUAUGCUAUGGGUAUAUGACAUUGAUAAUUUUUGCGGCGAUGACUACGACUAGGUAACAAGCCAGAAAACUUCCGAUAUGGUUGAGAAUAGCCCCUUUCAAUUUGAAGAACAAACAUCAACCCCACCUUUGGCUCAUUCUUCUGGUAAGAACGAUAGGUCU